AUGGCAUCCUCUUUGACCCUUGCCUUCGUCGGAUGCGGCAAUAUGGGAGCCGCCAUCCUCGGCGGGAUUCUGGAUGUAACCCGGGAGGACUCCGAGAGAUCGAGUCUGUCAUUGCCAGCACCGUGUGCGGUCUCGCGGUUCCUCGCAUGUACAAAGACGGCCGGGUCGGCUGAGAAGCUACGCACCAGAUUCGCCCGGGACAGCUCACGGGUCGAAGUUCUGCAUGACAGCAAUGUGAAGGCCAUGAUGGAGGCAGAUAUCAUCGUGCUAGGCUGCAAGCCCUAUCUGGCCGAGGCUGUCCUCUCUGAACCUGGCGUGCAAGAGGCGUUGACGAAUAAGUUUUUGGUCAGCAUCGUCGCGGGAAAGACGUGCGCAGAGUUGCAGCAAUAUAUCCAAAAGGGGUCGAGCCCAAACUCCGAAUCAUCAUAUUCUAUUAUGCGAGCGAUCCCCAACGUUGCCGCGAGCGUGGGCGAGUCGAUGACCGUCAUUGAGCAGCCGGCCGCCCAUAUCCCGGUCCGGUACGUGGAUGUUAUCACCUGGAUAUUCGAGCAGAUUGGCAUGGUCAAGUUCCUUGCCCCGGAUCUGAUGGAUGUUGGAUGCAUGAUGGCUGGCUCAUCGAUGGCCGUGCUCUCCCUUGCGCUGGACGGUAUUUUGGACGGUGCCGUCGCCGAGGGUGUCCGCCGAGCUGACGCGAUGGAGAUGGCAGCUCAGGGCCUGCUAGGCCUAUCCAAGUUGCUUAAGGCAGGCACGCACCCGGCUAUCUUCCGCGAGACCGUCUCCUCGCCUCGCGGCUGUACCAUCCAGGGGCUGCUGACGGCGGAGAAGGCUGGUGUGAGAGGAACGUAUGCUCAAGCUAUCAUCGAUGGCACGCAGCAUCUGCAAAAGCUGCAAAAGAAAUAA